GACCCCCUCACCCUACUAAACCUGUCAAAUAGCUGCAGAUGGGAUCUUACAAAGCCUAUCUCGAACAGGGCCUCGAUCUAUGUCCCAAAAUAUACCUCCAAGAAGACCCAGACCCCCAAACGCAGGAUGCUGAUUACCCUGGGCGGCCGCCAGAUGGUGCCAGCCAAGGCAGACAGUUUGAUUACGAGAGAACAGCUUCCUCGAGCAACCCCAACCAUGCCAGUCAAGGUACAGAGUCUGCUCGCGACUAUAUAGCUACUUCGAGCAUCCCUAUCCGAUCCAGUCAAGACACACGGUUUGCCCUCCCGACCCCCUCAAGCAACCGUAGUCAUGCUAGUCAAGACAUGCAGGUCACUCCCGACGUCUUCUCAGCUUCUUCGAGCAACCCAACUCGCCCAAAUCAAGAUACACAGGUUACUCGCUCAAUCCCCACCAGCAACUCCAGUCGUGACAGCCACGGCGAUUUGACAACUUCCUCCAACAACCGUACCCAAUCUACUCCGCGCUCCAACCCACUGUCCCACCUAACCCGCCCCUCAGAACCAAAUCCCCUACCUUCACAGAGCCUCAACUCCAAAGACCGCAACCCAUCGCCACCUCCCGCGCCACCACAUCCACCAGGCCCCUGUCCUCCCUGCGCCAAACGACUGUGGUCGAAAGUUCUCCGCGCGCCGCCACCCCCUGAACCUCCAAGUCCACGAACCCCGGGACUAUGGACAAAAGUACUCUGUUCGUCCACAACUCCCCCACUCGCGCCUGAUCCCACCGAGCAGGAAGCGCCACGACCGCAUGGGUUAUUCACCAAAAGACGUAGAUCUUCCGUUCCUCUGUUAGACCUGCCACCUGCCGAGUUACAGCCAAAGGUAACAGAAAAGGUGCGUAGGCAGGAGCGUAGACAGUCCUCCCCUAUGCUCGUAUCCACACGCACCGAGACCUGGCCCCCCAGGAGACGUCAAAGGUCUCACGAUCCCCAAUCCCCUCACCACCCAGACCCAGACACCCAAACCACUCUAUCCCACUUUCUCCCGCGUCCGGUUCAUUCCUCCUCCCCAAACCCCCAAACUCCCAACCACGCACCUCCCUCCCCUUCUCCCCCCUAUCCCCUUACCACCAACCAGUACGACAACGACAACCCCUCCUCCCUCCUCCCCCUCCAACACCACCUAAACUACACCUUCACCUCCCCCACCCUCCUCACCCAAGCCCUCACCCCCCCCACCCCCGGCCACUCCAACAACGCGCGACUCUCCUACCUCGGCCGCAGCGCCAUGGAGCUCGUGCUCUGGGAAUCAUGCUACACCCUCCGGCUUUCCGAGCGCGCGGCAAGGGAAGCGGUGGCGAGGGCGUUGGGGGUGGAAGCGCUGGUGGGGGCGGGAAUGAGGUGUGGGCUUGGGGGGUGUAUGUGGAUGCGGGGGUGGGGGGGGGUGAGGAGGGUGAUGGGGGGGUUGGGGGUUGGGAUUGGGGACGGGUAG